CAAUGCAGUCAAAAUUAGAUAAAACAUCACAUGUUCAACUCUGUCUUUCUAGAUUCAGCCAGCGUAUAUUUGCUCUCUUCUCUGUUCUUUUCUCACUGCAAAUGCAAAUGCUUCUCAUCCUUGGAUCUCAAAGUCCAAUAGCUACCUAAUUGACAGCUCUGUUUUUCCCAGUAUAGUUCUGAAAGAAUCCUGGGUUUCACACCCUAUCUUCUUCUUCUUCUCGUCCUGUGUUCUUUUUCCAUCAAUAAUGGUCCAAAUUUCCAUUCUGUCUUUCGCUUUCGAAUCUAAUACCUUUCACCCAGAUCUUAAUUCCUUGUUCUUUACUCUUUCUACCUGUCCAAGAAUGCAUUAAUGCAUUGGCUCACACUGUUUUCUCAUCAGUCUCACACCAAAGAAGCAAAAUUUUGGUAGAAUGAAGAAAACCCACACGAUCAAACUCGUUCUUGGACUAGCUGCAACAACUCUCUUGCUAAUUCUCAUACUCUUAGUCUUUUUUUUCCGCAAAAGAAGGGCGAAAAAUGGUCGAGAAGAUUUAGAAAAUAUGGACCGGAAACAUGCAGAUGAGGCAGAGAUGGAGGACUUGAUUACUUUCCAAGGGGGAGAGGACCUGACAAUCUGUGACAUACUGGAUGCUCCAGGGGAAGUGAUAGGAAAGUCCAACUAUGGCACGCUGUAUAAGGCGUUAAUGCAGCACAGCAACAAGCUGAGGCUGCUCAGGUUUCUGAGGCCUGUGUGCUGUGCAAGAGGUGAAGAAUUUGGUGAAGUGAUUCGGCUGCUGGGGUGCGUAAGGCAUCCCAACUUGGUGCCUCUUCUGGGAUUCUACGCAGGGCCGAGGGGUGAGAAGCUUCUUGUUCAUCCGUUUUACAGGCACGGCAAUCUGGCAGAAUUCAUUCGAGAUGGUAAUGGGGAGUCUCACAACUGGGCAAACAUUUACAGCAUUUCAAUUGCCAUAGCCAAGGGAUUGGAACAUCUCCAUACAGGAUUGCACAAGCCCAUAAUCCACGGAAACAUCAAGUCAAGAAACAUACUUUUGGAUCGCAAUUACCAAGCAUACAUGUCUGAUUUUGGCCUUCAUCUUCUGCUGAAUGCUACUGCUGGCCAAGAAAUGCUCGAAGCUUCAGCAGCUGAGGGCUACAGAGCCCCUGAGCUGAUCAAAAUGAAGGAUGCAAGCCAAGAGAGUGAUAUAUACAGCUUUGGGAUAAUCUUGCUGGAACUUCUUUCAGGAAAGGAACCAAUCAAUCAGGACCCAACUCCUGAUGAGGAUUUUUAUUUGCCUAACUUCAUGAGAAAUGCUGUCCUUGGACAUAGGAUUGCAGACUUGUUCCAUCCAAACAUACUUGUCAGCAACAUGCAUGAUGGUCGUCGCCAGGUUUCCGAAGAAGGCAUUCUCAAAUUCUUUCGGCUUGCCAUGUCUUGCUGCUCUCCUUCCCCUUCUCUGAGGCCCAAUAUUAAGCAGAUCCUUUGGAAGCUUGAAGAUAUUGGAAAAUAAACAACUUUGGGAUUUUGCAGAAAAUCAAAGUCCAAGAUCAGUAUGAUUAUUGAUAGACCAAUUCUCCAAGAUCAACAUGAAUGAUGAUGAUGAUGAUGACAUUGACGACAUUGAUGUAUAUAUGAACAGUAAAAAUAAUACGCACGAAGCAUGAUGGUUGAAAAUUUUGGCUAUCGAACGUGGACAGUAGGAUUACUGAUGUUGAUGUUUAUGGAGAAAAAGACGCACUUUCUGGCCACCCAUCAAGGAACGUAGGAUUGGUCAUUGGUGAUUAUGUUUGUCACAUUUCAGAGUUCUUUAUUGCCAAAAAUCAGCAGCUCCAGAUUGUGUAAAUACUAUAAUCCAUUGUUUUCUGCAUAAUGUUCCACUCCAUA